AGAGGCUAAAACCCUAAACCAUAGAAAGACGCCUCUAAACCCUUGCAUACAAUUAAGUUGCUCAUUUCUUCGGAUUCUUGCACAAAAAUAACAAAAAAUAAAUAUAUAAACGCUCUUAAACCCUAACGCCAAUUUUCAUCCCUUGCAAUCCGAACUCCCUAAUCCCAUCUCUCCGCCAUGUACCGAGCAGCUGCAGGCCUUGCUUCCAAAGCCAGGAUCGCCAGAAACAGUAGCUCUCAGAUCAGUAGUCGGUUGAGUUGGAGCAGAAACUACGCGGCGAAAGAUAUUAAGUUCGGGGUCGAAGCUCGUGCCUUGAUGCUUAAGGGUGUUGAAGAGCUUACCGAUGCUGUAAAAGUGACAAUGGGCCCGAAGGGCCGCAACGUUGUCUUGGAACAAAGCUUUGGUGCACCCAAAGUGACAAAAGAUGGCGUGACUGUUGCAAAGAGUAUUGAGUUUAAGGACAGAGUUAAGAAUAUGGGUGCAAGUCUUGUGAAGCAGGUCGCCAAUGCAACCAAUGAUGUUGCAGGCGAUGGUACCACUUGUGCCACGGUCCUUACACGUGCAAUAUUUGCUGAGGGGUGCAAAUCAGUGGCAGCCGGGAUGAAUGCAAUGGAUCUAAGGCGUGGUAUCACGAUGGCAGUUGAUUCUGUGGUGACCAACUUGAAGAGCAGAGCACGGAUGAUCAGCACAUCAGAAGAAAUAGCACAGGUUGGCACAAUAUCGGCAAAUGGAGAAAGAGAGAUUGGUGAGCUGAUAGCAAAGGCUAUGGAGAAAGUUGGCAAAGAGGGAGUUAUCACUAUUGCUGAUGGCAAGACUCUGUAUAAUGAGUUGGAAGUUGUUGAGGGAAUGAAACUGGAUAGGGGCUAUAUUUCUCCCUAUUUCAUCACUAACCAGAAAAACCAAAAAUGUGAACUUGACGAUCCUCUUAUUCUAAUACAUGAGAAGAAAAUCUCAAGCAUAAAUGCAGUGGUAAAAGUGUUGGAGCUGGCCUUAAAGAGGCAAAGACCUUUGUUGAUUGUUGCUGAAGAUGUAGAAAGUGAUGCAUUAGCCACUCUCAUUCUAAAUAAGCUUCGGGCUGGAAUUAAGGUUUGUGCCAUUAAAGCACCUGGUUUUGGGGAGAACAGGAAAGCCGGUUUGCAGGAUCUUGCUACUCUCACUGGCGGUGAUCUCAUAACUGAAGAACUAGGAAUGAACCUUGAUAAAGUGGAACUGGAUAUGCUAGGCACAUGCAAAAAGGUCACAAUAUCUAAAGAUGACACUGUCAUCCUUGAUGGGGCUGGUGAUAAGAAAGCGAUUGAGGAAAGGUGUGAGCAGCUGAGGUCUGCAAUUGAAUCAAGUAGCUCUGAUUAUGACAAGGAGAAGCUGCAAGAAAGACUUGCAAAGCUUUCUGGAGGUGUUGCUGUUCUUAAGAUCGGAGGAGCUAGUGAAGCUGAAGUUGGCGAGAAGAAGGAUAGGGUGACUGAUGCUCUUAAUGCAACCAAGGCAGCUGUUGAGGAGGGCAUUGUACCAGGUGGUGGCGUUGCACUUCUUUAUGCUUCGAGGGAGCUGGAGAAGCUGCAUACUGCCAACUUUGAUCAGAAGAUUGGGGUUCAAAUUAUUCAGAAUGCUCUGAAGACACCUGUGCAUACAAUCGCUUCAAAUGCUGGAGUUGAAGGGGCUGUGGUUGUUGGCAAGCUAUUGGAGCAGGACAACCCUGAUCUUGGAUACGAUGCGGCCAAAGGUGAAUAUGUAGACAUGGUUAAGUCAGGGAUCAUCGACCCAUUGAAAGUUAUUAGAACUGCAUUGGUUGAUGCUGCAAGUGUGUCGUCUUUGAUGACUACAACCGAGGCAGUUGUUGUUGAAUUACCUAAAGAUGAGAAAGAGGUUCCAGCUAUGGGUGGUGGCAUGGGUGGCAUGGAUUAUUAAAGGUCUUCCCAAGAUUGCUUUGAUUCGAAUUUUCUGAUAUUAUAUACUUGAAACAGAAACCUUUAGGGAUUUUGAGGUGGGUUCCUUACUUGGAUCUGUUCUCCGGAGCCCUUUUUGAACACUGAGCGUUGUGCAUUGAGGCCAACCAUAAAUGUAAUCAUUAGGAAAUUUUGUUUUUGCUGCAAAAACACCAAUUGUAACACACCCUUGAUUGUUUUCCUAGGGAAAAUCGAGCAUUUGCUUCUUAAAAAAUAAAUUCUAUUGGAAUAAACUUAUCGUUGCAUUGUUGAUGGGGAUUUUGCGACAAACAGCUUUUUUGAGAUUUAUCAAUGUAGCUUUCCUUA